AAUGCCAUUCACUUUUCCUUCUCUUUCUAUUAUUUAUCUUCAGUUUCUGAGCUUUCUCUUUUGGGUUUCUUGCUUUCUUUGGAUUCUUCCCUCUCAUUUUCUCUCUUUCCCUUUCCUUUUCUAGCCUCAAACCCUUUACUAUUCCUAGCUCCUUCUCUUGCUUACAAAGAUUUCCUUUGAUUUUGCCAAUUUGGUGCAAAUCUUCACCCUUUUUGGUACCUCUACUUUUUCCUUUACUUACUCAGAGAGGCCUGCUUCUGUUUUUUCCUCUGCUAAAGCUUUCUGUGUCUUCUUCAACUCUAACUCGGAGAGGGUUCAUAUUUGCUGCAAAUCUUUCCAUUUCUCCAUCAUCACAAGAAAGUAGAAGAGAUGGUGAGAGGAAAGACUCAAAUGAAGCGUAUAGAGAACGCAACAAGCCGGCAAGUAACUUUCUCGAAGCGGCGAAAUGGGUUGCUGAAGAAGGCUUUUGAGUUAUCAGUUCUGUGUGAUGCUGAGGUUGCUCUUAUCAUCUUCUCUCCAAGAGGGAAGCUCUAUGAAUUUGCUAGCACCAGCACGCAGCAGUCAAUAGAACGAUACCGCAGACAUACCAAAACUGAAACCUCAACUUCAUUCAGAUCAGUUGACCAAAACAUGCAGCAUCUGAAGCUAGAAGCAGCAAACAUGAUGAAGAAGAUUGAACUUCUUGAAGCUGCAAAACGGAAAUUCUUGGGAGAAGGUGUGGGGUCUUGCUCCGUUGAGGAAUUGCUACGGAUUGAACAACAGUUGGAGAGGAGUUUAAGUAUUGUUCGAGCAAGAAAGCUCCAGGUUUUCAGGGAACAAAUUGAGCAACUCAAGCAAAAGGAAAAAGCCCUAACAGAUGAAAAUGCCAAGCUCACUGAAGAUGUAAGGCUCACUGAGAAGCAUGGCAUGCAUCUACAGGUAGCAGCAACAAAGGAUCAGAAUGAAAAUCAACCCCAAAACUGUGCAGAAAGUAGUCCAAGUUCAGAUGUGGUGACUGAAUUGUUCAUUGGACUUCCAGAUACAAGAACAAAUUUAGGCCUCUCUAAUCAGGUCUAGUAGAAGAUUGUUUAAUCUCUGGCUAUGCAAAAUUGAAAUAAGGGUAAGAUCUAAUUGUAUCAUCAAUGUAUAUGUGUCCUAGAUGCUCUUGAAAAGAGAAUCAUAGAAUAAUUCUAAAUCUUCUUAUCUUACAGUAUCUUUCUGAUAAUCCUUCUAAAUUAUCAAUCACAUGAAGAAAGUAUUAAAUAUUUUUGGUGUUUGAAAAGUGUUAAAUGUUUUUGCAUUUCUAUUUGAUACUUUCUUUAUGUGAAGAAUCAAGGAAAUUAUUGGAAGGAUUUUGUAUGAUGUUGUAUUAUUUUAAGUGAUAGUGGUAACUGUGUUGUGGGAGUGAUUUGUUUUACUCCACAGUAUCCUCAAACCUAUGGGCCAAAAUGACCCUUUUCUAUUCAUACUUAUAUUUUGGACUCACCAGUUUGUAAGGUUGUUAAAUGCAUGACUUUCCUUCAUUA